AUGACAGAUAAUUUAAUUGCCAAAGUACAAGAACAUGUACCUAACAUCCCAUUGAAAUUAAUAUCGCAAGGUGCAGAAGCACUAGUUUUUGAAACCUCAGUUCAUCCAUAUUACAAUUACAAUUCAAACGAUAGAUCUCAUGAAAAACCUUAUUUGCAUAACUACACAACAUUUAUUAUUAAAUACCGUCCUACAAAACCCUAUCGACACCCUAAAAUAGAUUUGCAAAUUAAUAAAUCACGAACUAUUGGUGAAGUUAAAUUUAUGUAUAAACUUUCGAAACUAAACAUUGCCUGUCCUAAUAUCAUUCUGACAGAUUUUAAUAAUGGUAUCAUAUGGAUGGAAUGUCUUGGAUCAAAAUUGCCUAAUGACACUAUAAGCUCAUUUAAAAAUUGGUUAUGGUAUUUGGAAAGUCAAGAGAAAGAGAAUCCCAAUAUAAAUCUUCAUGAUGAUGGCCAAGUCGAAUUGGUUUGUCAAAAAGUUGGACAAUUGAUUGGCCGAUUACACUUGAACGAUAUGAUUCAUGGUGAUUUGACAUCAUCAAACAUUAUUUUGACAGAGAUGGAUGCGAGUAACAAUUUGUUCAAUUUUGAACCAGCAUUGAUUGAUUUUGGAUUGUCAUCAUUUUCAGGGUUGGCGGAAGAUAAAGCUGUCGAUCUAUAUGUCUUGGAAAGAGCAAUUCUAAGCACCCAUUCAAGUUAUGCCGAUAAAUUAAAUCGCUGGUUAUUAGAAGGAUACCAGCAAAUUCAUGAUUCUGCUGAAUUCAAUAAAACCAAACAACAGCAAGGUAAGUUGAAAUUAAAAGACACACUUAAAAGACUAGAGGAUGUCCGUUUAAGAGGCAGAAAAAGAAGUAUGUUAGGUUAA